AUGAACCCUGCUCUGCACUGGUCUCUACGGCCACUGCCAACCGUUGCCAGAGCCUUUCAGUUUGUCCUGGACAAUAUUAGUAACAGACUUCUUGAAAUUGCCGGCUCCACAGAGUAUAAGGCAACCAUGCAUGCCAUUAGGUGUUUGGUAGAAAAUGCUAUUGACGUCCUUAGAGGUGCCAGCGACACAGAUAUUCUUGUUCAUUCCUCAAUUCUUAACUCCGUUAUUGUAUGCGUCCUGAAACACCUUUUCUUAAACCCUUCCAAUCUGGAGUUGUAUACUUCCUCUCAUUUUGACCUCUGCUGCCAAAAGCUUAAUGAACUACGGGCACAGUACUUCACAGAGCUCCUAGGUGCUUCCAGCAUGCAGCUCGCUUGGGCACGCCUUUUCCCCAUCGUGAAAGACUCCCUGAUGAUACUAAGACAACCAAAGUAUGAGAACCAUGCUUCUACGCACAUUCUAACUGGGGCAUUAUUUCUUAAUCCUCUGCACUUUCCCCUGGAAGACCUACUCUCUGUACUCUAUAGCCGUAAACCUGCAAGUUUCGUUGUUGCCAACUUAAUACUACAUCUGCCCAUCUUUGCCAGACUUUCAUUUGUCAAACCAACUGUACAUCUAUGGGGAGCAGACACUGUUUCUAAGAGGUUAGCUAGAUUCAAGCUCUUUGCCAGCGCAUUACAUUGGCUAUGUAGGCCAUCACAUAUUAUUCUUCUCUUUGUUAACAGAAGUCGGAAAGACUCUCUUUUACCACAGUUUGCGAUGGCGUUAGAGGAUAUAGGCGCUAGCUACUUUGCUUACUUGCGAUUUACAUGUGGCUGGAGUACACAAGUGUCGUCUAUUCCUCUGUGCACUUCUUAUUCCACGUCCUCCUUAGAUACAGUUAUCAGGAUGCUUAGCGAAUAUCCUGUCCUCAACGAUCCAGACGAGUACAUCAUAUUAUGUGAGCUACUCUUAUCCACUGGAAUGCAAGCAUAUGCAAAGCUUUUCGGUCUAGACACAGAAGGCUCAGUGCCUCGCUCCAUAACAAGUUCAUAUGUAAUAAGAAAACUGAUUGUACGAUUGCGGUCUGCAUUGACUGAGAGUUGUUACGACGUUGCAAAUGCAAUCUCUGCUCAAACCUUAAUAGAACACUUGAUUUCUGCAUCUACUAAGUCAAAAGAUCAACUUAUAAGUCCAGUAAUAACAAUUGUUUGCCUUUCCCUAGUAACUUGUUACUUCAACCUUUCAGCCAAGACUGCUCUGGAUUCGUUUGCGCUAUCUCGGGAUUCAAACAAAAGCAUAGUGAAGGCAAUCUUCCAGUUCGAGACUCUCAUUCUAGUUGCCCUACAUGGGUGCAUAUCGGACGCGUUCUGUAACCUCAACGAACAGGGAAGAUGGCUUGAACUUUAUCCUAUUCUGGACAGUAGCAUAUGCUGUAUGCAAAUCCCUGAGGAAAUAAAGAUCCCAAUUCAUAGGAUAUUAGGGCUGCCGCUGUCCCGUCCAAUAGCUGAGCUUUUUAGAAGCAUGGCUACUCCAUCUUCUAAGCAAUCAAAGCUGAAAACGACCAAAGGAAAGUCCCGAAUGCCCGCACUAUGUACUCACGAAUGUAGGUUUAUUGUGAUGGUUCAGGGCACGGAGCGCGAGCUGUCUCUCUUUGAACUGUUAGUUUGGGACCUGCAUCAUCUGGAGCUGUCACAGUUAAUAGGCCACAUACAGCAUCUCUGGAAUUAUGACUGGAGCGAGGCAGAGAAGAAGUUACGGAUCGUGAUGCAAACGCUCCAUCGGACGUUCUGCGUAAGUGGUAACAUGGUGCAGCUGAGCUCACAAAGCAAGACACUAGACAGCAGUAAAAACACAUCUCAGUACAUGAGUAAGGUCAGGACUAUGUCCCGAAACCAAACAGAACUAGUUGCAAGGGCAGAGCUAGUGUAUACAAUGAAGCGCAUCGGCUCCAUUCAGCUCACAGAUGUGUUACAGAUUUAUAGGUAUAUUGGUGACAACAACCAUAGUGCCGCCCUAUCACGUCUAGAGCCAGAUGCGAUAAACCACUUAGUGGCAUGGGGAGUUGAGAACGGGUAUUUUAAAAUAUCUGGCCACAAUCCCCAAAUGCUUUACUAUAUAAAUUGA